AUGGUGAAAAGCAGAGCGAAAGCUCUUGGAAACAUCGCCCUAAAAAGUGGCGCCGAUUUUGUGGGAGAUGUUCUCGCCGGUAGAAACGUAAAGGAAGCGGCAAAAGCACAAACCGUAGAGGCUGCCAAUGUUGCAAAAAGAAAAGCUAUCAAUAAACUAAGAUGGGGGUCAGAUGGGGAGCGGAAAACGUGCAAAGCGCUCAAGAAGUGUAAAGCGUUCAAGAAGUGUAAAGCAAACAGCUAA